AUGGGUGCUAUCGAUCGAAUCUCUCAAAUUGGCGGCCAGAUCUCUGGUAACCCGACCGCCGGCGGUCGCGACAAGAUCCUGGAGAAGCACCCUGAUGAUAUUGUCGUCACUGCCGCCUGUCGAACCGCAUUCACAAAGGGUGGCAAGGGCGGCUUCAAGGACACCCAGGCUGCUGACCUCAUCGCCGGCGUCCUCAAGGCCAUCCUCGACCGUUCCAAGAUCAACCCCGCCCUCGUCGAGGAUCUAUGCGUCGGUACCGUCCUGGCUCCCGGUGGUGGCGCGACCGAGAUGCGCGCUGCUAGUCUGGCGGCUGGCUUCCCCGAGUCAAUCGCCGUUCGAUCCCUCAACCGACAGUGCUCUUCUGGCCUGCAAGCCACCGUCGACGUGGCCAACCAGAUCAAGACUGGAAUGAUUGAUAUCGGUAUCGGUGCUGGUGUUGAGAGCAUGUCUCUGCAAUACGGACCUGGUGCCGUUACCGAAUUCUCAGAGCUCCUCGAGAGCCACCCCGAGGCUGCCAACUGCAAGGUUCCCAUGGGUGUCUUGUCGGAGCAGAUGGCCAAGGACCUGGGCAUUACCCGCGCUGCCCAAGACGCUUUCGCUGCCUCGUCAUACCAAAAAGCAGUCAAGGCCCAGAAGGCUGGUCUGUUUGACGAGGAGAUUACUCCUCUUACGGUCAAGGUUGAGGAUAAGGAGGGCAACGUCAAGGAGAUUACCGUCUCCAAGGAUGAUGGUGUCCGAGAUGGCAUCACUGCCGAGUCUCUGGGCAAGAUUCGACCCGCCUUUGCCAAGGAUGGUUCUAUCCACGCCGGCAACGCCAGUCAGAUCUCGGACGGUGCUGCUGCCGUGCUUCUCAUGAAGCGUUCUACCGCUGAGAAGCUUGGACAGAAGAUCCUCGGCAAGUAUGUCUGCGCCUCGGUCGUCGGCGUCAAGCCCCUCCUUAUGGGCCAGGGCCCCUGGAAGGCCAUCCCCAAGGCUCUUGAGCAGGCCGGCAUCUCCAAGGACGACGUUGAUAUUUGGGAGAUCAACGAGGCCUUUGCCAGCCAGUGCCUGUGGUGCGCCAACGAGCUUGGCAUUCCUCAGGAGAAGAUCAACCCCAAGGGAGGUGCCAUUGCCUUUGGUCACCCCCUGGGAUGCACCGGUGCCCGACAAGUUUCUACCCUGCUGUAUGAGCUGAAGCGGACGGGCCAGAAGGUUGGUGCGACGUCCAUGUGUGUGGGAACCGGUAUGGGAAUGGCUGCUAUCUGGGUGGCUGAGUAG